AUGUUUAAUGCAUUCCAUGAGAGGCAGCAAACAACAGACAAUAAUGUCAUUGGUGCAAAGUUAAAGUUGAAUGAACUGUUCUUGGCAUGGUUGUCAAGGGAUGACACUGUCAAUUAUAUUAGUGAUCUGUUGAAUGGACUGAGUUCAUUCCAGCAACAACAACAACUACAACAACUACAACAACAGCAACAACAAGUUAUUAUCGAACAAAAUAACAAUAACAAUAACAACAACAACAACAACAACAACAAUAUAGAGAUAAUAGACUCAACAUGUACACAUGUUGACAGCGAUAUUAAACAACAUGGAUCUUUGAAGAAACAACCACAACAUGAACAACCAGGAUGCAUUGUCAAUCUGAGUAGUGAGAGUGCAAAGGUUAUCCGUGUCGAUGAGAAUAUGAUAUAUCAAGAGAGUGUUGGCAGCAACAACAACCACAGCCACAGCAGCGAUGAGAACAUGAUCAAGGAGGAUGAUGAGUGCGUACCAAUCAUUUUGGACGACAAGGAGGAUGUAUUGGCCAGUCUGUCCAACGCAGUCUCUGGCGGCAGUGGUGGCAGCGGCAACCAAUUGUCAUCGCCAAGCAAGUUCAAGCGUAGCAUCGACAGCCAGCAAGAGGGCGAUUUGCUGAUCGAUGGCUCCGAGGCGGAGCAACACGAGCGCAAGGUGUCAAAGAGAGCGAGCGCGCAUAUACCCGUGCCCGCAUUUUACUUCCCCCGACAGACGUCGAGCAGAGGCAACUCCAAGUUUGUCUCACGCGACAAGCUUCAACAGGACGACCUAAAGAUCAAGAAUCGGUUCGAUCAACUUGGCAACGAUGGCAAGGUCAUCCAGACCUAUGACGAAUUCGAAUCCCUUGUCAAAGACCUCCACACCCUACCAAGAGUACUCAUCAGACUGCUGUACAACUAUAUCAUAUCCCAAUCCGAAGAGAAAUCAAUCACUCAAGACAUAUUCACAUCGGAGGCAGAGGACAUACUGUUCAAUGCACUUAGAAGGACAACAAACUCCAGCUCAAACUAUCUAAUCUACAAUGACUUGGUAUUAUUUGCAAGAACUUUAUUGGAGUUCCACCCUGGUUUGGAGUUCUUAAAGCAUACGCCAGAGUUCCAGGAGCGUUAUUUGGAGACUAUAAUCGUUAGGAUAUUCUAUACUCUUAGUAGGAAGAGAGGAAGGAUCACGAUUGGAGACAUCAAGAGGAGUAACUUUAUAAAGUCACUCACAUUGCUAGAGGUGGAACCAGACAUCAACAAACAUUUGGAGUACUUUAGUUAUGAACACUUCUAUGUUAUCUAUUGCAAGUUCUGGGAGUUGGACACUGAUCAUGACCUGUUCAUCAGUGCCUCGGACUUGGCCAAAUACGCCAACUUCAGCUUGACCGACAAGAUCAUCAACAGGAUCAUCGAUACACCGAUAUUUGAAGAGGAGUUCAGUCCCAAGCGAGUGAUAUCAUAUAAGAACUUUGUCUGGUUCGUUCUCUCUGAGGAGGACAAGAACAAUGAGACCAGCGUCGAGUACUGGUUCAAUUGUCUCGACUUUGACUGCGAUGGUGUCCUCAGCUUCCACGAGAUGGAGUACUUCUACAUCGAUCAAAAGGAGCGACUGGACAACCUAAACCUCGAUCCACCUCAUUUCACAGACCUCCUUUGUCAAAUUAUCGACAUGGUCAAGCCAUCGAAUCCAGACAGGAUAACAUUGUCUGAUUUGAAGCGAUCAAAGUUGGCUGGAUAUCUUUAUAACAUAUUGUUCAAUACGACCAAGUUCUUCUUGCAAGAGACAAAGGAAUCGAUUACAACGUCGGAACCAUCGAUGAGCGAUUGGAAUAGAUUCGCCAAGGCAGAGUAUGAGAAGGCGUUGGCCGAGGAGUCGUACCAGGACGAUGACGAAGAGGACGACGACGAAGACAUGGUCGAGGAGCAAUGGUAUCAUUUGGGCAACAGACAACAGUUCACCUAUCCAUCAUCCUUUGAAGACAACGAUGACGAUGGGGAAGAUGAAGAUGACGACGAUGAUGACUAUUCAAACUGA